AGCGCCAAGAAUUACUGCAACGUCCGGCCCACGUCCUCCGUGUGUCUGAUCUAAUGUAACACGAGUUUAGGAUUUUUCAGCACUGAUAAAUACUCACCGUAACUUCUACAAUUUGGGAAUCACAUUGUUUCAAGGGUCUUUUAAAGGUGUUUUUGGAGCUUUUGGCAUUGCUAACUUUGAUCCGCGGAAGAAAAUCGUGACGGUUUCAGGAACAAAAUGCCUCAUCGAAAGAAGAAAUCAUUCAUUGAAAAGAAGAAAGCGGUGACCUUUCACCUCGUCCACAGAAGUCAGAGGGACCCUCUGGCUGCAGAUGAGAAAGCCCCACAGCAUGUCCUCCUGCCUGCUGCAAAGGUGGACACAGACAAGAGGCGUGAAGAGCAGAGAAACUUUGGUGUUUUCUUCGAUGACGAUUACGACUACCUGCAGCACCUGAAGGAGGCGUCUGGCACCUCGGAGCUGGUCGCCGCCGGACCCUCACACUUCAACAGAGGGGCCUCUAAUUUGAGAGAUGAUGAGGAGGAAAACGAGGUGGAAACUGUGAGCAAGGACAUUGCUGAAGCUACGAUCCACCUGCCGUCUUCAGUGUUUGCCUCGGAGUUUGAGGAAGAUGUGGGACUUCUGAACAAAGCCGCUCCUAUUUCAGGACCCCGACUGGACAUGGAUCCUGAUAUUGUAGCUGCUUUAGAUGAAGACUUUGACUACGACGACCCCGACAACAUGCUGGAGGACGACUUCAUCCUGAAGGCAAACCGCACAAAAGGAGCUGCGGAUGCAGAAGGAUCUGAUGAUGAUGAUGAUGAGUGGGAGGACACAGACGAGGAAGGCGACUUUGACUCCGAUGGCGGUUUCUCAGGUGACGAGCAGCUGGAGGGCGGCGGCCAUGAUGGAGAGUUUCUGUUCAUGAACGAGGAGACAAAGAGUCGCUUCACAGAGUAUUCGCUGACUUCGUCUGUAAUGAGGAGGAACGAGCAGCUCAGCCUGCUGGACGACCGCUUCGAAAAGUUUUAUGAGCAGUUUGAUGACGAUGAGAUCGGGGCUCUGGACAACGCCGAGCUGGAGGGCUUCAUCGAACCGGACAGCGCCCGCCUGGAGGAAGUCAUCAAGGAUUACUUCAAGCAGAAAGAAAAAGAAUCCCUGAGGCCUGAAGAUUUGGGUCCAAAAGAACUUCCUGUGUUGAAAGAGGAGGAGGAAGACGAGGAUGAAGAGGAGAUGGAGACGGUUGUUUGCGAGGCUCCUCAGGAGAAGUGGGACUGUGAAACCAUCAUCAGUACGUACUCCAACUUGUACAACAGACCUAAAGUCAUUGAAGAACCAGCCAAGCCCAAGGCGAUCCGUGUGUCCGGUAAGACGGGCAUCCCCCUGGACGUCCUGCCCUCCAGGGGCCUCACAGCCAAGCAAGCGGAGCGCAUGACGAGAAUCAACGACUCGGAUCUGCCGCGCGUGUCGACGCAGGCCCGAAACAAAGAGGAGAGCAAAGAGGAGAGGAGGGCGAGGAAGCAGGCCGUCAAAGAGGAGCGGAAGGAGAGGAGAGUGGAGAAGAAAGCGAACAAGUUGGCAUUCAAGGAGGAGAAAGUGCGACAGGAGAAGCAAAUGUUGAACUUAAGGACAAACAUUCAGGGCCUGAAGCUGUAGCCGCCGACUGACCGCCGUUCUGCACCAACAUUUCACCCUGCGGUGUUUCCAGUGGACAUGUUCCUCUCUUCAGUGAAACUGAGAAACAGGACGGCGUUGACCUACAGAUAAUCUGGGUGACUGCAGAGGAAAAACAAACCCAAAAAUAGGAAGAAGCAAGCAACUGGUUGAAUGAAUAAAACAGGUUCCACAGGA